CAGGUCCAUGACAAUGUUCACUCCAAUUGCGGAACUCAACAGCGAUAAGAAUUCUUGGAUUCUCAUGUUGGAUGAGGGCUAUUCGGGUUUACUUCGUUCCUAAAUGGGCGAAAGGUGGAGAUUCCAUGGAGAUCGUCUUUCAUGAUGAGCAUAUAAUGGAACUAGGAUUCAUGCACAUCUUGCUCGAGAGGAAAAAGAGAAGUUUGAAACGCAAAUCAUUGAGGGUGGUGUUUAUGCCAUUCGAAAUGUUUUUGUCCAUGACAAUUAUCAAAGAUUGAAAACUGCUAGCAAUGAUAACCUCUUGGGUUUUUUCAAAAAGACCGAAGUGAAAACUUUAAAUCGGAAUAAUUUCCCCCGGAUGAUGUUCGACUUGAAGCCAUUUCCAAUUCUUCAAAGUCAACAAUGUUUGAAUGAUCAACUUCUGAUUGGAUGAAUUGGAAGUUUAGGUGAUCCAU